UCCAGAGUACUGAGGACGGAACGUGUGGACUCUCUAGACAUCAGAUAGUUGGCCAUGGUAUUGACCAUGGCAUCUGAGGAUUCCCAGAACUUCUUCCAGUCUUUUUCUUCCUGGAUAUCCCGAGUUUACGAAGCUCUCCAGCAAGCAGGGGAAACCUUAUCAGCUCCUCUGGUGCAUUUAAGCAAACAAGACUCUAAAUUGAGUGACACAUUAGACCAGGACUUAGAUGAUAUUAAGAUUCAGGAGACAUUCUUUGAAGAUGAAGAACAAGACAAUGUUUGGAGCCAAGAAGAUGCGAAUGGCUUGUUUAAUGAAGAGGAUCAUUUAUCAUGUUGUAAUACUGAUUUGCAGGACUCUGUCCAAAUUUCAAGCCCCAGACUUAGCCAACAUGCAAAGGACUCAUGUUCCAUAAUAUCUCAGUGGCCCAAUCAGACCCUGAAUGACCCCAAGGCCUCACAUGUGCUUUCUUCUAUUGCUGAGGAAGAGCAUCACCUUGAAAAUCAAAGAUGUGGCCUUCAACACASCUUUGACAGCCAGCUUCCUGGCACUUUAGAAAAAGUUAAUGGAAAAAAGCAAGUUGACAGUAUUGGGGAUGAUGAAGAGCCAUCCACAUCUUCUGACAGUGAUGAGGACGUGAUCAAACAAUUUGAGAUUUCUGUGUCCCGGUCCCAGAGUUUCCGUUCAAGAGCUUCUGAGAAAGGAAAACCUAAGGAAUUGGAACAGAAACCCAAAUGUGGCCGUUUGCUCCCUACCCACGAAGAAGAUAGCGCCGGAGUGUCUGCCUGCAAAGAUUUGGAUAGAACCAGCCAACUGAGUUAUUCUGAGAUCCUGUCUUACAAAGAUCAUGCCAUCUCUGUUACUUCACGGUCCCCAUGUGAGCGAGGAGACAACAGACAUCAUGGCACCUCUCACCAAGAGACCAGUGGGGUUCGAAGCCUCAGUCGUCAGUCCACAGAGGGCAGCUUGGAGAUGGAAACAGAUUUUAAUAACCGGGGAUUUGAAGAUUCCUAUGCUACUGACAGCUCCUCAGUAUGGAGUCCAGAGGAACAGGAUAGGACCAGCUUGCAGGUGCCAUCCGGGGUCUUGGAUCCCAUCUCCAAGUGUGGUGACCUAGAUGUCAUCUUUGAAUAUCGAGCUGCGACCCAGAAGCUCACAGUGACCAUUGUGAGAGCACAGGGCCUCCCAGAUAAGGACAGAAGUGGYGUCAACUCCUGGCAAGUUCAUGUAGUGCUGCUGCCCAGUAAGAAACAGAGGGGCAGGACGAGCAUACAGAGGGGGCCCCACCCUGUCUUUAAGGAGAAGGUCACCUUUGCCAAGCUGGAGUCCAGAGAUGUGGCUUCCUGUGCUGUCCGCUUCCGACUGUACGCUGCCCGUAAGAUGACCCGAGAGAGAAUGAUGGGGGAGAAGCUCUUCUAUCUUAGCCACCUACAGCCAGAAGGGGAAAUGAAAGUGACUCUGGUUCUGGAGCCAAGAAGCAAUAUAAGCAGUGGAGAGUCGCCGCUCAGCCCAUCUGCAGUUUCUCACAGUGAUAGUGCUUCAUCCACGCAGUCGCUGUCUCAUGGAGGGGCGCCAGAGCUGUUGGUGGGGCUGUCCUACAAUGCCACAACGGGGCGAUUAUCUGUGGAAAUGAUCAAAGGCAGCCAUUUCCGAAACCUCGCUGUUAACCGAGCACCUGAUACAUAUGGAAAACUCUUUCUACUCAAUUCUGUGGGCCAAGAGAUGUCCCGAUGCAAGACAUCCAUUCGCCGUGGUCAGCCCAAUCCUGUUUAUAAGGAGACGUUUGUUUUCCAGGUGGCGCUCUUUCAGCUCUCUGAUGUCACAUUGAUGAUUUCCAUUUAUAACAGGCGUACUAUGAAGCGUAAAGAGAUGAUUGGCUGGAUUGCUAUGGGCCAGAACAGCAGUGGAGAGGAGGAGCAAGAUCACUGGGAGGAAAUGAAGGAUACCAAAGGCCAGCAGAUCUGCAGAUGGCACACUUUGCUGGAAUCCUAGGUGUGCCAGCUGGCAUUUGUGGGCUAUGUCUGCUUUGGUUACCUACGUGGCUGGCUACUGACACAAAGU